UUGUGAAAGAUGAAAUAGGGGGUGAAAAAGGUAAAUGAAAAAUAAAUAAAAAGUGUUGCUUGUUGUGUGAUAGAACCAAGUGAGUCCCUUCUCUCAUCCCUUCUGUGUUUUCUGUACACCUUGUUUUGCUUUUCCUUUUUCCUUUUCUCUCUCACUGUCUUCAGUGAACAUGGGUGACCCAUAUGGGUUGCCGGAGGAUCUCCGGCGUUUUAUACCACCCAGAACCCAUAUGAACCCUUCAAGCACGCACCUGCUUGAGCCACUGUGUCUUCACCAUGGUCUCAGUCCGGUUGCUGCUGCCACUACAAUUCCACCCAACACCUAUGACCACAACAUGGUUGGGGACGUUUUCUUCCCUCGUGCCUUCACUCACUUUUCCCAUCAUCAUGACUAUUCCUCUUCUUCUGGUGUCAACCCUACCAAUGCUGCCACUGCUGCUGUCUCGGAUCAUGCAUUCUGCAGCAUGGAGAGUGCAGAGAAAGGGUGGUUUGGUUUUGAUUCCGGGAACAACAGGUGGCCAAGACAGGAGACCCUUUCGCUUCUAGAGAUCAGAUCUCGUCUUGAUUGCAAGUUCAGAGAGAAUAAUCAGAAAGCACCCUUGUGGAAUGAGAUUUCUAGGAUAAUGGCUGAGGAAUUUGGGUACCAAAGAAGUGGAAAGAAAUGCAAAGAGAAGUUUGAGAAUUUGUACAAAUAUUACAAGAAGACGAAGGAAGGUAAAGCCAGUAGACAAGAUGGGAAGCACUACAGGUUCUUCAGGCAGCUUGAAGCAAUAUGUGGAGACCAAGCAAACACAAAUCAUGCCUCAACUUCAGAUAAAACCCAUCGUGCUGGUGCAAACAAUGGUAACAUUCAAACACCUACCUUUGCAAUUAACCAAGAACACAAUGGGGAUUCUAGUAAUAACCCCAAGUGCUCAGAAAGCAUCAGCAUCUCAAACUCAUCUGAGUUCGAGACAUCCUCGUCUGAAAACAACGAGGAGGAUCUUUCAGCCAUUGCAUUCAUGAUGAGGCAGUCAAGGGAGAAGCAGAAAGCGUUGUUGGAUGAAAGACAAAGUGAUCACAGGAGGUUAAGAAAAAGCUGGAGAGCAAAAGUGGAGGAGAUUGUGGAUUCCCACAUGAGGAAGAUCAUAGAGACGCAAGAUGCUUGGAUGGAGAGAAUGCUGAGCGUUGUUGAACAAAGAGAGCAAGAGAUGUCAUCCAAGGAGGAAGAAAGGAAGAGGAAAGAGUCAAUGUGGUUUGACCAACAGGUGCAUGAACNGUGGGCUAAAGAGAAAGCAUGGGUUGAAGCAAGAGAUGCUGCAUUGAUAGAGGUUGUGAGGAAACACGUUGGGAUAGAACUGGAAGCAUUGCCCCUGGAUGAAGCUAUGGUUGAAGAAGCAGGAAAUAAGAACAAGGGAGAAGGAAAGAUUGAGAGCAGUGAAUUUCCCUCGGAGGGUGUGGAUCAAAGAAGUAGCAGUAGGUGGACAGAAAUGGAGAUUUCAAAUUUGAUACAGCUAAGGAGUGGUUUUGAGCAACGAUUCAGAGAAAAUGGGUACUUGGAGAAUGGGCUUUGGGAUGAAAUAUCAGCAAAACUGGGUUGUUUGGGAUUUGAUAGGAGUGGAAGUGAGUGCAAGCAAAUAUGGGAUGAGAUCAGCAUCUCUCUGAGAAGGACAGUGGAUGAGUGUGAUGGUGGGAAAAGAAGGCCUUGGUAUUUGGGACUUAGGGUGACGGAUGAUGAUGAUCUUUGACAUAUUCUUGUUAUAACGCAGGCUUCAUCAGAAAGGUUAAGUAGUAUAUAGCACACUUGCUUUUCAGUUCUGAGCUUUAAAAGGAAACUUUGUGAAUGGCUCAUGAUUAGGAUUAAUUACCAAGUUUGAAUCAUUCGCAAAUCACAAGCUAUUCUAGUAGCCAUGUUUUUAACUUUAUAUCUAGUGUAACGUAUGAGGACUCAUGCUUCACUAUAAGCAUUGACUUUCUUGAUUAAUUUUGAGUUUAAUUA